AUGCUCCCUCGCGCGUCCGCUCCGCCGCUGUUUCUGCUGCUGCUCGUCGCGGCAUCCGGCGCCGGCACCGGAACGGUCGAGCCGAGCCCAGACUCCGCCGAGGAGGAGGGGGACCACCACGGCCACGGCGGCGGGGGAUACCGUGUGGUCCAAUGGGAGUGGAGUUACGUGCAGACGCCGUACGUCAUCGCCGUGUGGCUGCUGGUGGCCAGCGUGGCCAAAAUCUUGUUCCAGCUUUCGCGCCGUUUGACGCGGGUGGUCCCCGAGAGCGUGCUGCUGAUCCUGCUGGGUUUGGCGCUGGGCGGCCUGGCGCUUCUGGCCGACGACAAGCAGCCGUACCAGCUGGAGCCCGCCCUCUUCUUCCUCUUCCUGCUGCCCACAAUCGUGGGCGACGCCGGCUACUUCAUGCCGGCGCGCCUAUUCUUCGACAACCUGGGCGCCAUCCUCACCUACGCCGUGGCCGGCACGCUCUGGAACGCUUUCGGCACCGGCUUGGCGUUGAGCGCCGCCCAUCACCUGGGAUUCAUCGACCAGCGCGUGCAGGCGGGCCUGCUGGACUUUUUGCUGUUCGGCGCCCUGAUUUCUGCGGUGGACCCGGUGGCGGUGCUGGCCGUCUUCGAGGAGGUCCACGUCAACGACACGCUCUUCAUCAUCGUCUUCGGAGAGUCGCUGGUCAACGACGCCGUCACCGUGGUCUUGUACAAAGUUUACAUCUCCUUUGUGGAAGUCGGAGCGGAAAACGUGCAGAUGGCAGAUUACUUCAAAGGAAUGGCGUCGUUCCUGGUGGUGAGCGCGGGCGGGACCUCGGUGGGUUUGGUCUUCGCCGUCAUCCUGAGCUUGCUCACACGCUUCACCAAGAAGGUCCGGAUCAUCGAGCCGCUCUUUGUCCUGCUCCUGGUCUACUUGGCGUACCUCACUGCCGAACUCUUCUCCCUGUCGGCCAUCUUGUCAAUGACCUUCUGCGGCAUCGGCGCCAACAAGUACGUGGAGGCCAACAUCUCGCAGAAAUCUCGGACGGCGGUCAAGUACACCAUGAAGACCCUGGCCAGCAUCGCCGAAACCCUCAUCUUCAUUUUCCUCGGCAUCUCCGCCGUGGACAAGUCCAAAUGGGCCUGGGACACCGGCCUGGUGGCCUGCACCCUCGUCUUCAUCUUCAUCUUCAGAGCUCUGGGCGUGAUUGGUCAAACCUGGGUUCUGAACCGCUUCCGCCUGGUCCCGCUGGACAAGAUCGACCAGGUGGUGAUGUCGUACGGCGGCCUGCGGGGGGCAGUGGCCUUUGCUCUGGUGGUCCUGCUGGAUGGCCGACGCGUCAAAGCCAAAGACUACUUUGUGGCCACCACCAUUGUGGUGGUCUUCUUUACCGUCAUGUUCCAGGGUUUGACCAUCAAGCCCCUGGUCAAGUGGCUGAAAGUUCCUCGCUCCACCAGCAGGAAACCAACCAUCAACGAGGAGAUACACGAGAGGGCGUUCGACCACAUCCUGACGGCGGUGGAGGACAUCGCGGGUCUUCAAGGCUACCACCACUGGCGAGACAAGUGGGAGCAGUUUGACAAGAAUUACCUGAGCAAGCUUCUUCUGAGGAAGUCGGUGUACAGGAAGAGCGAGCUGUGGGAGGCGUACCAGAAGAUCAACAUCCGAGACGCCAUCAGUGUCAUCGACCAGGGUGGAAACAUUCUGACCGCUGGCAGACUCUCGCUGCCCUCCGUGACCAGCAGGGCUUCUUUCCCAGACGCCUACAACGUCACCAAUUACCUGCGCGAGAAUGGCAGCGGGGUUUGUUUGGACCUCCAGGUCAUGGACAAGGUUCCAGGCGCCAAAGUGGAAGAAGACACGGAGACUCAUCACGUCUUGGCGGAAAACCUCUACAAACCCAGGAGACGAUACCAGUCGCACUACAGUCGUCACUUCAUGCCAGCGGGCGAGAAGGAACGGCAGGAUCGAGAAGUUUUCCAGAGGAACAUGAAGAGCCGCAUGGAGACCUUCAAGUCGGGAAGACACAGGCGUUACAAAAAGGAGCGCGGCCUCAAGAAGCGCCGAGGUUCCGACGUCAAAGAUGACGGUGGAGACAAAGCCAGAAGAAAUGUCAGCCGGCAGGACAAAGACACCGUGGUGGUUCCAUUGGUCUUGGACGAUGAAGACCAAGGCCAGUGUACUGACCCCGAGAAGGAAGAUGACAUGGGUAUCACCUUCGUUGCUGUCAAAGCUGAAAGUCCCAAACAACGUCCGCACUCGGUGAUAGUGGCGCUCCCCGGAGUCGACGCUCAGCUUCCGUGGAAAGGCGGGGGUGUGCCGUGGCCGCCGCCGUGCCUGUCGCUUGAGGCCACCAAGGUGAUCCCUGUGGACCUCCAGCAAGCGUGGAACCAAAGCAUCUCAUCUCUGGAAAGCGUGUCCGAAAGUGCAGGUCUCCGCGCCGGCGCCCCGACCAACCGCCCCGCUUCUUAUGCUGGUGGCCAUCCAGUUUCGCCCGUGCCCUCGCUAGAUAAAAAACAAGAGGAGCAAGAGGAGGAGGAGGACGAGACCAGACCACUGGUGCCGUCCCAGAGGGCGCUCUUGCCCUUGUCCGGUGGCCCCGGCCCCGCCUCGGGCAGGCGGAGGAACCCCCGCGUGUACUUGAGGAGCCUUGUGACGGUGUCCCCGCCAGGCAUUAGCGAGCUGCCAGGCGAACGAGGACCCACUCAGCUUUAG